UUUCAGGCAGACGGCUGCAUAACCUCAAUCCUCCUGUUUGUUACCGCGCAGCGGAGCGGUUUUUGUUUUAUAUUCGAGUUUCCGAUCGCCCUACAUAACCUCAUUACAUGAAAGCCAAAAUUUGGAAUACUGUGCCACGAUAUAGAGAAGAAGACGACAUCAGGGAAGGAACUGCGCGUCGCUCGCGUGGAUUGGAGUGUUUUCAAUCUCUCCAAAUGUUGACAUGGGCAAGAUCACCAACCGCCCCCAGGCUGACACAAGUAACUUGCCAUCUGGCUACAUCACCAAGGGUGCUCCGGUGCCUUUAGGACAAGACACAUCGGUUGUAAAGGGAGAACAUUAUGGCCGGCAUUCUGGGCAGCCAGUGAAUCACAAUCCAGUGCCAUAUCGAGAAUUGCCAUAUUCCGAACUGAGUGAACUUGCAAGUGCAUUGUGCGAGCAGUCUCACAGGAUGGAGUCCAAUCUCAGCACGCUUGAUUGUACCUUGGACACUACCAACCAGCACGAAGAUUCUGUGUCUUCUACUGUACGAGACAUUGCCCAGGAUAGUGGCAGUCUCCUGCAGGAGCCCAACUCAAUGCUGGUGCGCAUGCUUCACAUGACCGUAAAAGAGGAGCAAUCAUGGCUUGGUGCACUGGGGGGCAGCCCUUGCUCUGGCAGCCCCUCGUCCAGUCGGGCCAGUGCAAGCCCCCCACCAGACUCGCCAUGCAGAGCCCUGGCAGGUGCCUCUCCUUUAGCUGUGUCAGAAGAAGCCACGCUCGGGGAUGCCCCGCAACCAUCCGAGACACCCUUGGCAUCGCGUUCAGACUCGGAUUUCCAGAAUCUACAGACCGCACUGCGAGCAUUGAUCAAGGAGGUGACACAAGCCUCACCCCAGGAGCAGCACUGCAGCCCUUCAAGCAUUUGUGGUGUUGCCAAGAGCCUCCUCUCAGCAGAUUCUAGCUCAAACCGCUCUUCAAGCCUCUUUGCUCCACCUGCAUCAAUGGUGACCAAGGGAGGCAUCGCAAGGAGAGUAAACCAGGUUGCCAAGCGGCCCACCCUGUACAUGUCCUUUCCUAGUCGGAGCCGGCGUGGAGAUGUAGAGUUAAAGAUACUUUCCCAGCCUGAAGAACAGCACCGAGCUCGUUACCUCACAGAGGGCAGCCGUGGAGCUGUAAAAGAUCGCACAGGCAUGGGCUUCCCGACUGUCAAGCUGACUGGACUGCAGGAACAAGUGAAGUUACAAGUGUUCAUUGGCACAGACCAAGGCAAAGUGCAGCCUCAUAUGUUUUAUCAGGCCAGCAGGGUGUGUGGAAAGAACUCUACGCCAUGCCAAGAACGUCGCCUUGAUGGUACAACAGUGCUGGAAAUCGACAUGUUGCCUUCGAAAGACAUGACAGUCAGCUGCGAUUGCGUUGGAAUCUUGAAGGAACGCAAUGUUGAUGUCGAGAAGCGCUUGGUUCGUUAUGGUGGGACACGCAACAAAAAACGUAGUACAAAGUGUCGCCUGGUGUUCCGUGUUGUGCUGCCUGCUCAGCGAGGACAGGACACCGGGGGCUUACCUUCUGAGAUUCUGCAAGUUGCUUCAGCUCCCAUUUUGUGCACUCAGCCUCCUGGUAUCCCAGAAAUAUCGAAGAAGUCAUUGUCUGAGUGCUCGGUCAAGGGAGAAAUAGAGUUGUUCAUCAUUGGAAAAAAUUUUCUUAAAGAUACAAAAGUGUUAUUCAAGGAGCCUGUUUCUGAUAAUUUGGGAGAUUGUGAGCCAAGCUAUGUAUGGGAAAAAUGUGUUGUUCCGGAAAAGGAAUAUUUGCAACCGACUCAUCUGAUUUGUCGUGUGCCAGCCUACAGAAACCAGGAUGUAGGGCACCCUGUGGUGGUGCAUUUGGUGGUGACCAGUGGGGGAAGGGCCAGUGAGCCCCACCCAUUCGCCUUUCUGCCCCUGUCAGGCGGAGGCCAAAUAUCUGCUGGUCCAUUGAGUGCCACAAAGGCAAAACCAAAUGCUAAUGCUACUGCUGUGUCAAGCCUGGAAUUGAAGCCACAGCCCUUUGGAAGUUCUCAGGGUACACAGCUUCCUACCAUAAUUCAGAUUCCAUUACUGGCGGGGACGUCACCACGGGCACAGCGUCACCCUGUUCAAACUCUGGUCAUCCCUACUACAACUAUCUCCUUGUCACCUGCGCCAGCUUCCGUUCCAGAGUCUCAGCCCAAGCCAGGCAACGGCAGUGGUGCGGUGGCUCCAGCACCUAACAACAUCCAAUUUGUGGUGGUGCAGCAGCCAGCACAGCCAUCCCAGCCGCAGGCACAACAGCAGCAGCAGCAGCAGCCAUCACAGCAGCAGUCAGCAGCACCUGCCACGUUGAGCCUGGUAGUUUCAUCAGCUACGCAGCAGGCACUGCUCAAGACUGUUGCUGAAGACACGAGCCCAGCUGAGUCAUGUCACCUUAAGCGCAAGAUCUCUCAUGCUCCUGAAGGGGCUCCCGACAAGUGUGCGGCAAACUAUGAAUUGCCAGGAGAGGAACCCUUGAAAGCCUCAGAUGAGCAGCAGCUGGGAAGCCUUGGUCUGUUUUACUCGGACCAGGGCAUGCUGCCUCCUUGCAGUGUAGAGCAACUUAUGGGAGUAGCGUCAGAGACAGUCACCCCUGCCCACACAGCUGCUGCCUCAGCCAACUUCGAGUGCGAGAGCCAGUGGAGUGCUCUGACUGCAGCACACCAAAACCAAACUGAGAAUGCUGCCAAGCCACUGUGGGGACAGAUGAACUGCGAGUCAGCAUCAACAGAGCCAGACCUUGAGGGUCGGUCAUCUGAAAUGCAGCCCUUGGAGAACACUUCAGCGUCCUUUACAGAUGAGCAGCAGUUCAAGAAACAGAAGGUGAAGGAUGCUCCAGUGUUGUCUUUGUCAAGCUGGCCAGCCAAUAGCCUGGAGCAGCAGGUCCAGAGUAUGGAUUUUACCUGCACAGGAGUCAAGACAGAGGUUGCUACCAACUGGCCGGACUCUCUGAAUGGUAUGCUGAGCCAGUCUGAUCCCAAGAUGCCUGUUGUGUUUGGUGACAAAGUUAUUAUAGAUCCAGGCCCAGUGGGUGUGAGCUCAGCACCAAGUGCCCAGUUUUCUGUGACUGGAACCUUUGAUGUCAACCCUCAGUGCCAGGACAGUAUGGGUGCUGGUGCAUUCGGCAUGACUUCAUUUGAGGCUGCAGCACAGCCAGUCAGCCAGCCACAAACCCUUGUUGUGGAGACUAGCUUGAGUGGUGUAUCCACGGAUCAAGCACCACAGUCUGCUCAGCAAGCACACUCCCAAGCUCAAGGGCCAAACAUGGACCAUAUCUCUGCAAUGUCAAUGCUUCCAGAAUCAGAACUGCUGCGCAUGAUCAACCCCAAUGCAUUUGACAAUGUUUGAAGAACAUCCAACUCAACAGUGGAGGCACUUGGGACACUAUCAGCGUUGUAGCAUUUUGCCUCAUCUCACUGUCUCCUGAACAUCACAGUCUUUGACUACAGCCUUGCAGAGCUCGCAUGAUGUUGCAAGGCUGUUCAACAUCACUACUUAGGUGCACUAUGGGUAUGUAAUCUUGUGCACAGACAUAGUGUGCUGCUUACGAGAGGGUACCUUUGUAUACGGCCACCUUUGUAAGGUGAAGGUUAUGAAUUGGAUAUGGUGACAAUCCAUAUUCAGAAUAGUGGGAAGUGCGACAUCACUUGUGUAGCAUUGGAAUGUCUCUUUUCUUACCAUCCGGAGUGCAAACCGGACACAACAAGUCAACAUUUCAUGAAAUUAGUUUCUUAUGUGUUUAAUUGUUCACAACAGGUACAUCAUGCAUUGUGCUGUGUCUGACACACAUCUUCACUACAAACACACCUGUUUAACAUCAUGGAUCACUUCAGUAAAACACAGCCAAAAGUGGGCACAGCUAAAGCAAGGUGGACUUUGUGACUCACCUGGUCCAUUGUAAAUUAAUGCCGUUUUUGACACAGCUUUUCUUUUUUUCUUCUUUUUUUUUUUUUUGAAAUACGCGCAUGCCUUGUGCCAAUCUCGCAAGACAAAUGUCAGCUCCUCAGUUGACAGUAGCCCUGUUGACACCAGCCAAAUUCACUGGCUGUGGGGUAGCGCAGUUGUGUGUCACACAAAGCAAAAAUUCAGCUUUUUUUAUUCAAUUUUGUGAUGUGUGGCCAUCUUUGUGUUUUUAAGCUUGUGCAGCUAGAAGUGAUGGACCGAUAGUUGAAAGCAUUAAGUUGUUACCACACUGUCAGCUCUUCAGUCCCUUUUACAUAAUAAAUGAGCUUUCACUCGCAUGGUCCUGCAGAUUUACUGCAGUUUGUGUUUGUCAUGCCCUGUCGUGAAAAAUGUGUGUAGUUUCAUUAUGAUCUGUAUAGCAUAUACACAUGCCUGCAUGCACGCUCGUAUAUAAAUAUGGCGUGUAUGGGUGAACUGGCGCAUUAUUCUCGUACAAAACGCCGAGGGCUGACAGACAGCGUACAAACCGCAUUUUUUAAUCUGACGCGGCACAUUUUUAACAUAUUUACAAGUCAGAAUGUGACACUGCUGUAUAGAUACAAACCUGGCUACUAGAUUGUAUGUAAUAUUCUUAUUACUGCCUGCGUUUCAGGCUUUUUCUGCUAGGCGUGUGCCAGGUUUGUUAGUCACUUAGAGGGGAAAUGCUGUGCUGGUUGGCACAGAAAUGUUACUGCCACAGGGCCAUUUUUAACUUUUUAAAAGAAAGCAUUGUUAUUUAUCUCUUGGACACUUCAAGGUUGACAUGUUGUGUGCUGAUUUCAUUGCCACUUCUUAAUUUCUGUGUGUGUUUGCAAAACUGUAGGUUUUCUUGCUGAUCUGCUGCACUUUGUCCAAGGGCAGUUUUUCUGAUAUCUUCCGUUGUAGGGAGCUUAUUUGCCACUUGUCUAAUUUUUGAGAGACUUGCCGUUGCCCCAUGUGACAUGCACCAAGCUCCAUGAUAAGUACAACUGUUCAUUUUAUCUUGGUUAAAGCAGAUGUUUUAUUCUUCACAUUUUUGCCCCAUGGUGCUUGAAUACAUUAAGAAUUGUAUCUAAAGUAAUGGUCUGUGUUGACAUUGAGUGGCUCUCACUGGUGCUCUUAUAAAAUUAAUAAAGAGAAACAGGUAAGCCACAAUUUCUGCAAGUUUGUGCGAAGUGACCAUGAUUUUUGGCCUUAGUUCACUUUCUGCAGUCUCCAUAAGCUGCGGAAAAAAUGAUUAUGCCUAUGGUGUACGCAUACUAAUCACAAUGAACUACCAUUUACAAAUGCCUUAUGCUUUCACAGAAUUGAAGAUAAGCUAUUUAUUUGUUGAUAAUAGGUGUUGGUCCUUGUCGUAUGGGGCACCUGUGUGUAUGUGUCUUUUGAAAUGUCAUGUUAAUUUGCAUGACAGAAUAACCAAUGGCUUUGCGGUUCAUAGUUUGUGUAGUGUCGUUAUAUAGUGCAAACAAUAAAUGUUAUUAGAUUCUAUAGUGUUCAAGUUUAAUGUGUGAGAGACCUGUCUUGCAUAUGACUGCAUUUGAAUCUUACUAACCUCCCCCCCCCUCCCCAAGAAAUGUAAGAAAUAUUAUCGGUAAGCAUUCAGUACGUUUUGUUUGGUAUGAUGAUCGUACAAAAAACACAGAUUUUCAAAGGAAAUUUUUUUGAAUAUUGAACUAUCUGCCAGCUUUCGCAUCAUAUAACUAAUGGAUGUAUUGUUUGCUUUGCACACACACACCUGUACUCAGCAAUCAUACGCGAUUCAGUGAGGCAUGCAUGACUUAUAAUAGAGGCACUCAUUGUAUUACUAGUGAAUCACCUGUACUGCUGUCAUAAUGAUUAUUGUUGAUAGCUGGAUUAGUUUACCAGUUACUGAAGAGGAAUCAUAGCACAACUUUCUAGCUUGUGCUGCAAUUUUUUUUAAUUUCAAAAUUAAGAAAUGGUGUUAAAUAUUACAUUAACUAUUGUGUGCAUAACAUUGCUGACCAGGUUGUCUGCUUUCUAAACUAAUCAUAAGCAUAUACUGUUUAUUUCAUUGAUCUAAGUGCUUUGACAUGUGCAGCCACAAUUUUUGUUCAGCUGGCAACUGUGUCAUAGGUCCAAUGGAUGUAACCAGGUGUACACUUUGGCAACUGCCACAUGUUUAUCAGCGUUGUUGUUGCUGUACUUGCAUUCAGAAGCAUUGUGUAUGUCACUUGUGCAAUAAUCUGUACUGUAUAUAUAAAAUGUUAAGUGAACUUGUGUACGAGUCUUUUUGAAUUUUCACUCUGACUGAAGUGCGAGAUAAUGUGCAGCGUAUCACAUCUGUGUUUUUCGUUUACUGCCAUGCAUAAUACUCUUUUUUUUUUUUAACAAAAGCAGCAAGUGUUUUCGUAGUAAACCGCGAUUCGGAAGAGGAGAAACAGGGACGGUGAAAGGUGGACACACCAGCAUGUCUAACCAACAAGAACAAAGGAAAUUUUUGCUACAACUCUCUCUGCCUCAAGUAUUUUUGUCACAUGCGCAACGUAGAGUCGUGAGCAAUAUGAAAGGGAACACCGAAUUGGUACUUAAGCAACAAUUGAUUACCUGCAAUAUGCACGUACAGGCCUCGGAUAUUGGUUGGCAAGAGCUUUGCAUUUCUGAGUGAACAUUUAGUAAUAUGAACACUUUUGUGCUUUGCUAAUGCGAUUAUCCACUAUGGCCUCUCAAAGGUAAUUUCAAUGUUAUGUUAUAUACUGUUCAUGGCUGUACACCUUGUCUAUUCAUUGCAAGGCAAUGGUUGUGCAAAAGAGCUCUGUUAGCACUUUUUUGAGCAUGUAAAAAAAAAAUGUACAGUCACAUAGCAGUUCUUUCCUGAGCACAUUAAUACUGUAUGCAAGGCAAGGCUACAGUUUUAUUAAAUAAAAAAAA